ACAGAUUCUCUAACGCUGUUUCAUUCUUCCGAUAACAAUGGCGACGAGAAGACGUACUUUGCUCAAGGUCAUUGUCCUCGGUGACAGUGGGGUUGGAAAAACCUCCUUGAUGAAUCAAUAUGUGCAUAAGAAGUUUAGUAUGCAGUAUAAAGCAACGAUUGGUGCUGAUUUUGUAACCAAGGAGCUUCAGAUUGGGGAAAAGCUUGUUACUUUACAGAUUUGGGAUACUGCUGGACAAGAAAGAUUUCAGAGUCUUGGUGCUGCUUUUUAUAGAGGAGCUGAUUGUUGUGCUUUGGUUUAUGAUGUUAAUGUGUUGAGGUCUUUUGACAAUCUCGAAACUUGGCACGAAGAGUUUCUUAAACAGGCAAGUCCAUCCGAUCCAAAGACAUUUCCGUUUAUAGUGCUUGGAAACAAGGUUGACGUAGAUGGAGGGAGCAGUAGAGUGGUCUCUGAGAAGAAAGCAGCUGACUGGUGUGCUUCAAAUGGUAACAUACCCUAUUUUGAGACCUCAGCAAAAGAAGACUUCAAUGUUGAUGAGGCUUUCUUAACCAUUGCCAAAACCGCCCUUGCGAACGAACAUGAACAGGAUAUAUACUUCCAAGGCAUACCCGAUGGAGUGACUGAGAACGAGCCAAAAGGCGGUGGUUGCGCUUGCUGAACCGCAGAUUUGAGGAUUCUUUUACAUUCGUUUUUUUUAAUGCAUUCAUCGAAGGUUGGUGUACUCUUUGAGUUGCAGAACGAUAAUCUUGUAGAAGCAAUUUUUUGCCAUUCCAUCAUGUAUUAAUUGAUUGGAGAAGUCUCUGUAUGAUCAAUCGAUUCUGCUGGAUAAAAAUUUUAUUUUUGG